AUGGUUUUAACAGAAAGCGAGGGUCCGGAACUUAGCACUGCCUUAAAUCCGACUGCAGUCCCAGCCCCUACGUCGCAUCAAUGCUCCAUUUGCUUCAAGUCGUAUAAGCGACGGGAGCAUUUACAGAGGCAUAUCAGCUCACACUCCUCAGAACGACCUCAUCGCUGCCCUGCCUGCGGCUGUGCGUUUCAACGGGCCGACGUUCUCAAACGUCAUUGGCGCUCCUGCGAUGGAAGAGGAUCAUCCAGGUCCGCUGUUCGUCGACGCGCUUGCGACCGCUGUGUCCGCCAGAAGAAAGCCUGUAGCAGUGCUCAGCCAUGCCAGAAUUGCGCCAAAAGGGGAAUCCCCUGUCAUUACUCCUCUGGCGUGAAUGCUCCAAAACCGUCCAGUGACCCAUCUUUGCAAGCAAUCGACACGGAUAAUGACUCGCUGGUAGCUACAGAUGCUUUUAUUCCGACCACUGAAGUCACCCCUCCGCCCAACCUCGAAGCUACUCAGCUUGAAAACAUGACUAUGAACCUGUUCGGAUCUUUUUUUGAGCCUGAUCUCUUCGGCUAUUCCAGUUCGACCUGGCAGGAAUUCUUGCAGUUCACGUCGGAUAACCAGGCGGUCCGGGAUGUUGUCACCCCUAAUGAUGAUGAGCACCAUUCCUUUCGCUUUUUGGAUAAAUUUACAAGCAAAACUGGCUUUGUUCAUUCUUUUGACUGCGGAACCCUUCGCCAGAGGCAAGAGAUCAUGUCGAACAUCCAGUCCGGGCUUUUUGAACCCCAGCAACUGCUACUGACCAACUUCGAAUCGACCAAUACGUCAGAAGGUGUAUCAUCUGGCUGGCUCAAUGAUCCCCUUGCUUUGAAAUCCCAUCAAAUCAUACUGUCGAUCAAGGAAGUGGUUACAAUCAAGCCGCGCAAUAGCUCAGUGGCGUUCUCUUGGUCUUCCACGCUGGAGCAAAUGUGUUUACAAUUCUUCGCUCCGACAAAUCUUCGAAAGUACCUUGAAUUAUAUUGGGCGAUAUGGUCACCCAACGUUAACUUUGUCCAUCGACCAACUUUCGAUCCCGUGUCAUCAAAAUCGAUCCUUGUGGCUGCCAUGGCUCUCAUUGAUCCAGUGGACAAUGAAAACGCCAGGACCUGGCUCAACUGUGUUGAGGAGAUGGUUUUUGCCGAUGACGACGUUGACAUCCCUCCCGUAUUUCCAUUCGACCCAGCGGUGAAUCGACGAAAAAUACAAGCGCUUCAGGCUUGUUAUAUGGUUUGUCUUUAUCAAAACUGGGAGGGCACGGAUAUGACCAAGAAACGUAUCCGCCGACAUCGUUAUAGUACGGUAGUCUCUAUGGUUCGGGACAUAGGCGUUAUGACCGCAAGGCAUAAUAAGUACAGUUGUCAAGCGAAACACGAAUUUCAAUGGAAUGAUUUUGUGGCUAGGGAAGAAUUAAUUCGGACUUUCUUAUGGAUCUUUUUACUGGAUACGGCAUUCGUCAUAUUCAAUAAUCUCCCUCCAAGAAUGGUCAUUAAAGAAAUGAAAAACCAUGUUGCUGCUCCAGAAGCUUGUUUCCAAGCCGUGACAGCUGAAGAGUGCUUUGAACAAAUUCAACUUUGGAUGCCGGACACAAGCCCAUUUUGGAAAGUUUCGUUUCGCUCUGCUUUUGAGACUCUCUGUCGAGGCGAUCUUACUGUACAUAUGCGCCAAGUGCUGGCUGCGUUGGGGCCACUGAAUCUAUUCGCAAUUGCCUCAGCGAUUCAUUAUCUGAUUUUCCAUUACCAGAACUCUUUUGGUGGAAACGAACUAUUACAGCGGAUGCGGAACGCAUUGGGCAACUGGAAAGAUACUUGGCAUCUCCAAGCUAGUGAAUCUCCGGGCUCUUCACCUCACACCAUCGUCGAUAACAACCAUACACGGCCAGAAUACAUGUGGAAGAGAGUUGGCUUUUUUCGCUACUCACCAGAUUACUGGCUCCUAGCCAGUCUCAAAGUUGACCUUCUCGAAGCAGCGAACGCCUCCCAUUCCACGCCCCAAGAAUGGACAGAUCAAACCGAAGGAGAACUCAUUGGGGAGGACGACGAUGGGCUCUCAGAUCCGAUUUUGAAUAAGUACGAUGAAACCAGCAUGGGUCAGGUGAAUGAACUUAUAUCAGACUUUCAAAAAGUGCAGAUCCGUUAA